AUGGGUGGUCUUAGAAGCCUCCUCGUCCUGCUGGUUUUUGGCUUCUACCAAACUUCACAGGCCAAGUUCGUUUGGAGUACGGGAGGAGCCUCUGCACUUUUCGUGGCCAUAGCCUUACCCUUGGAUUUAGAGGAAAAAGAGGUGUUUUUGUCCUACAAUUUUGAAGCGUCCUACGAUUUGCCUAGAUCCUGGAAAAAGAAGCCGCCAUUUUUGCGAAAUGGCAAUGGAACUCAUGAUGAUAGUUUGCUAAGCAGCCAUCAUGGCCACCAUCAAUUUGAUGACUUCGUUUACGAUGACUACUACGAUGGGGCCCAAAACUCCACCCACAAGCACAAGCACAAGCACAAGCACAAGCACCACCAUAAUAAGAAAAAAAAGAAGACCAAACCCAAACCUGGAGCUGCAGACAAGCCACCGAAAAACAAACCCAAACAUAGGCACAAAAAAAAACACAAGCCAAAGUCAAAGACAAAGGAGGAGGAUGAUGACUACAAGGAUUUCUUUCAGGGAUUUCCCCUAGAUGGAAUGGGAGAUCCCGUGGGCAGAAGUCUUUCGAAGAGAUCCCUGCUUACAAGAAGCAAGUUCUAUGAGAUCAUGAAUCAUCGCUUCGAAUUAUAUGGCUUGGGCCCAGGAGAUGGCUGUUUAUUAAGACUGAUUUGCGAGGCCAAUAGCUACCAGUUGGGGGAUCUCAAUGGUGUGCUUGGCGGCUUGGUCCACAUUAUGUUCACUCCAAGUUCCUCUCAAUAUGAGGCUUUGCCCAGGAGAUACUACAUAGCCGAAUUGGAUGGUCGGAAUGGGAAAUGCAGGGGCUAUUAUGCGCAAUGCCAGCACAGUGUGCUCGACAUGAUUACGCAAGCCCCUAAAAAUAAAAGCAAAGUGCACUGA